AAAUGUAUGUAGAAAUAACAUCCACGGUUCUUCGAAACCAAUUGACAUGUCCCCUAUCAAGGAUGGAAUUUUGGAGAAGAAGUGUGGGACAGUUGGGACAGUAGAAAACAUAAUAGGGACGGGUCGAGACGAUGAAUGA